AUGGAGAGAGCUCUUUUUCUCCACUUCUAUUGAAUCUCAGAGUUGGCCGUGACGCGCGGCCCAAGGGAAGACCACAUAGCUCUCAUCAGAAUGCUACGACUAUCGAGCUUUCCAAGCGGAAGACUCAUGUAUGGGAAUCGCUUUGCACGUUGGGCUUUUUGACUCAAAGUGCCCCAAAUACGAGGCGAGUGUGCGGUGGAAGCAGCGGAGACCUCUCGGAUCACGAAAUGUUGGGAUGGAAGGCGCAGACUUUGACUCGCCGUCUUCACCAGGAGUAUGUACUUGACGGGUGUGAGAUCUCCGAGAGGGAAACUUUGUUGUCGCUUUGGGAUAUCGCUACUACUACGCGCUUUCGGGGAAAAACGCUAAGCAGCACGGUCUCGCAGUCCCCGCAACAUGGCCUCGGCUGCUAAUGCUCCCUCCGAGCAGGAAAACAGAGACCCCGAACGGCCGAGGAUACGGCGGAGGAACAGGGGGGACUAUGGCCGCAACAUACCGCUGGAUUUGGAGUAUUUGCAUCGGCCGAGUUACUGCGAUGCGGGCUUCGCUUUGGAGCAAAUCUCAGAGGGCAGAGCGACCGGGAGGAAAGCACCUCUGUGGCUCAGAGCUCACUUCCAGAGACUUUUGUUUAGGCUGGGCUGCUACAUUCAAAAGAACUGCGGAAAGUUUUUGUUUGUUGGCCUCAUGAUUUUUGGAGCUUUCGCCGUGGGCUUACGGGCAGCUAACUUGGAAACGGAUGUGGAGAAACUCUGGGUAGAAGUGGGAGGGCGUGUGAAUCGCGAGCUGAAUUACACUCGUCAGCAGAUGGGAGAGGAGGCCAUGUUUAACCCUCAGCUCAUGAUCCAGACACCGCACGAGGAAGGAGCUAACGUGCUAACGAUUGAGGCGCUGCUACAACACCUGGAGUCAGCGCUAAGAGCCAGCAGGGUCCAUGUGUUUCUCUAUGAGAGGCAAUGGACAUUAGAACAUUUAUGCUACAAAUCAGGAGAACUAGUCACAGAAACACCAGUUGUGGACCAGAUUAUAGAAAGACUACACCCCUGCCUCAUCAUCACGCCCUUAGAUUGUUUCUGGGAAGGAGCCAAACUUCAUACUGGAACUGUCUACUUGUUAGGAAGAGACUGGAUUCAAUGGUCCAACUUUGACCCAAAGGACUUCCUGCAGGACCUGCGGAUGACGCACUUGCCUGUGGAGACUUUUCAGGACAUGUUAGAGAAGGCGGACAUUGGACACGGAUACAUGGACAGGCCCUGUCUGAACCCUGCUGACCCCGACUGCCCCCUCACUGCCCCCAACAAGAACUCCACUAAGCCUCUGGACAUAGCUCGCACCCUGACCGGUGGUUGUCACGGCCUGUCCAGGAAGUACAUGCACUGGCAGGAGGAGCUGAUUGUAGGAGGAACCACCAAGAACGGCAGCGGACCCCUCCUCAGUGCCCAGGCGUUGCAGACCAUGUUCCAGCUUAUGACCCCAAAGCAGAUGUUUGAGCACUUACGGGACUACGAGCAGGUUUCACACAUCAACUGGAACGAGGAGAAGGCUGCAGCCAUACUGGAGGCCUGGCAGAGGAAGUACUCCGAGGCCGUUCUGAAGAGUGUGGCAGUGAACUCGUCUCAGAAGGUUUUGACGUUCACCACCACGACUCUGGAAGACAUCCUCAGGUCCUUCUCCGACGUCAGUGUGAUCCGGGUGGCCAGCGGGUACCUCCUCAUGCUGGUGUAUGCGUGCCUCACCAUGCUGCGUUGGGACUGUGCUAAGUCCCAGGGGGCCGUGGGGCUUGCCGGGGUCCUCCUGGUCACUCUGUCUGUGGCGGCCGGACUGGGACUCUGCUCUCUCCUGGGAAUCUCCUUCAACGCUGCCACUACACAGGUUUUGCCCUUCCUGGCCCUCGGCGUGGGGGUAGAUGACGUCUUCCUCUUGGCCCAUGCCUUCAGUGAGACGGGACAGAACAAGAGGAUCCCGUUUGAGGAUCGGACCGGGGAGUGUCUGAAGAGAACCGGAGCCAGCGUGGCCCUCACCUCCAUCAGUAACGUCACAGCCUUCUUCAUGGCGGCGCUCAUCCCCAUCCCAGCGCUCAGAGCGUUCUCCCUCCAGGCUGCAGUGGUGGUGGUGUUUAACUUUGCCAUGGUGCUUCUGAUCUUCCCCGCGAUACUGAGCAUGGACCUGUACAGACGAGAGGACCGGCGCUUUGACAUCUUCUGCUGCUUCUACAGCCCUUGUGCCAACCGGGUGAUCCAGAUGGAGCCUCAAGCCUACCUGGAUGGUUCAGACGGCAGCCACUAUAGCCCGCCCCCGAUGUACCGGACACCGCCUCCCCUUUACCAAACCCCGCCCCCUAGGUACACCAGCCCGCCCCCCUCGUACAGCAGCCUCGGGUACGCUCAGGAAACGCAGAUCACCAUGCAAUCUACGGUGCAACUCCGCACUGAAUACGACCCACGCACGCAGGCCUUCUACACCACCGCCGAACCCUGCUCACAAAUCUCCGUACAGCCCAUAAACCCUGCCCAGACCCGUACCAACGUGGACUACACCAACAGCAACUUGAACAACAACAACACCAGUAACCGCGGCAACGCCAACUCCUUCUCCCAUCACCAUCCAACCGGGGGCGCGAGUUUUAGCUGCGCACCAGGACCUCAGCCCGACACGGUGUCUACAGGGAACAGUGUGGAGAAUAACAGCUCCACGCGAGAUCUCAUAUCGCAUUUUGGUGAUGCCUCCAUGGGGUUGAGAUGUAUUGAAACUCCCUGCUCUGGUUGGACAUUCGCCUCUUUUGCUGAAAACCACUACGCUCCAUUUCUGUUGCAGCCUACCACCAAGAUUGUGGUGAUCGUUCUCUUCGUGUGUCUUCUGGGCAUCAGUCUGUACGGUACCACUCAGGUCCGAGACGGGCUGGAGCUCACGGACAUUGUGCCGAAGGGGACCAGUGAAUACGACUUCAUUGGGGCCCAAUUUAAGUUCUUCUCCUUCUAUAACAUGUAUGUGGUGACUCAGCGUGCAGACUACGCACAGAAACAGUCUCUCCUGUACCAGCUGCACCAGAGGUUUCACACUGUGCGCCACAUUCUCAAAGAGGACAAUGGAGACCUGCCCCGUAUGUGGCUGCACUACUUCAGAGACUGGCUACAAGGGCUACAGCGAGCUUUCGACAGAGACUGGAUGGCAGGCCGGAUCACCCAGUUAAACUAUAAGAACGCGUCUGAUGAUGGAGUUUUGGCGUAUAAGCUUCUAGUCCAGACCGGCCGCAAAGAGAAACCCAUUAACUUCAGCCAGCUGACUCGACAAAGGCUUGUGGACGCAGAUGGCAUAAUUAACCCCAGAGCUUUUUAUAUCUACCUAACUGCUUGGGUCAGCAACGAUCCAGUGGCCUACGCCGCAUCCCAGGCCAACCUCCGGCCCCACCCCCCAGAGUGGAUCCACGACCCGACCGACUCCAUGCGCGAAACACGCCUCAGCAUCCCGGCCGCUGAGCCCAUCGAAUACGCACAGUUCCCCUUCUACCUCAACGGGCUCCGGGAGACGCCUGAGUUUGUGGAGGCCAUUGAGAGCGUGAGGGCCAUCUGCAGUAACUACACCCUCCAGGGCCUGGCCUCCUACCCCAACGGAUACCCCUUCCUCUUCUGGGAGCAGUACGUCAGCCUGAGACACUGGCUGCUCCUCUCCAUCAGUGUGGUGUUAGCUUGCACCUUCCUGGUCUGUGCGCUGUUCCUGCUCAACCCGUGGACCGCAGGAGUCAUUGUGCUGGUGCUGUCUCUGAUGACGGUGGAGCUGUUUGGCUUCAUGGGGCUGAUGGGCAUAAAGCUGAGUGCGGUCCCUGUGGUCAUCCUCAUCGCCUCUGUGGGCAUCGGAGUGGAGUUUACAGUCCAUGUGGCACUGGCCUUCCUGACUGCCAUAGGGGACCGUCACAAGCGAGCGGUGCUGGCCUUGGAGCAGAUGUUUGCUCCUGUCCUGGACGGGGCCUUCUCCACACUGUUGGGAGUGCUCAUGCUCGCAGGCUCCGAGUUUGACUUCAUCGUCAGGUAUUUCUUUGCUGUGCUGGCCAUCCUCACAGUCCUGGGCGUGCUCAAUGGCUUGGUGCUUCUGCCGGUGCUACUGUCAUACUUUGGGCCAUAUCCAGAGGUGUCUCCGGUGGAUGGACGCAGUCGCCUGCCCACUCCAGAGGCCCCUCCCCCUGUGGUGCGUUUCUCCGUGCGCCCUCAGCCCCACAUCACCGGGGGCAGCAUACACGCGUCAGGGGCUACGUCAGACUCCUCGGACUCAGAGUACAGCUCCGCCAGCUCAGCAUCUGCGACCAGCCAGGGGCCCCCAUCACACGGAAUACACAUGGACAACAGGAGGGGCCCCAGGAGCAGGCACAGGCAGCAGGACCCUCCAGCUUAUACUAUAUCCUCAAGUGUCUCUCCUCAGGGCUGUGAUUCAGGGCCUCACUCUGGGGCCCCUCAGUGGAACAGGGACGACAGAGACUCUAAGAGCCACAGACAUGCUCCGCCCUCAGCCUCGCCCUCAGCUCCGCCCCCAGCCCGCCCGCGCAUGGACGCUUUUGAAACUGCUACUGAGGCUGGGGGCCAUAGAGAACACUUAUCGGGCCCCAGAGCCCUCUCCUCACAUCACCUCCAGCCCAUCACCACGGUAACAGCCUCAGCCUCUGUUACCGUGGCUGUCCACCCUGCCCCUCUCACCACCUCCUCUUACCCAUCAUACACUGCGACGGACAGUUACAGCUCAGCCAGCUCCCGGGCGCCCGAGAGCACCUUCCAUGACCCUCAUGUUCCAACGGACCCUCUGUCCAGGGUGCGAGGGUCCCGGGGGGCUCGAGGAGCCAGAGGGGCCAGAGGACCCAGAGGGGCCAGGGUGGCCCGGGCUGAGGCCAUGGAGCUGCAGGACCUGGAGGCAGGGGACCACAGGAGCAGACCAGUCAGCUGAGUUGUGCUGAUGGACGUCAGAACGGCCAAAGAUGGGUGUUACUCAGCAGUGAGCCUUCAGAGGAAGCUGCCAGUGUUGCCGUCAUGGUGCUCAUUCUUACUGUAACACAGUGGACUAUUGUCAUAGAUAUUUCUAUCUAUAUUUAAAGUGUACACUUAUGUAAAUAUGAAAAGAAGAAAGUAGCUAUAAUUUAGGAGCUGUACAACUCCUCAUAAAGACUGGGGCUGCCAUUUUAUAUAAUGUGCGUGUGUGUGCGUGUGUAUGUGUGCAUGUGUGUGCAUAUGUGUGCGUGUGAGAGAAAGGUUACUGUUCUUCACUGUGGAUCUGUGCCAUUUAAAUCUUCAUUCAGACAGAACCUGAGCAUCACUGCUGCUCAGACAUGAUAAAAAAAAUACUAUAAAAGUCUAUGCAAAUAUCUCUUCUAAACCCCUGCCCACAGUGUGAGUGACUGACUCCAUCAGACCCCCUCACACAUGGGGGUCCACUGGUCACAGGGCGAUACAUGGAUGCCUGUUUACAUGUGAAUGAAUGAUUGUUUUGUAUAAAGGUACGCAUGGUUAAAUAUGAAUUUAUCACAAACCUGUGGUAGUUAUAAAUCAAUACUGUUAACUUGACACGCUAUGCGUGCUAUUUAAGACGAGAAAAUAUGAAGACAUUUUGGGCUUUUCAUUUUGAUUCUUUUAGUUGCUUCUGCAUUGAACCUGUUUCUCCUCAGCUCAGUAUCACUGAUGUUUUUAGUCAUGUACAGUUUAACCUUAGCAGGUCCACCUCACAAAUGUUUUUACAGGGAUUCUCUACAGGGUCCACAUGGGGCCCUCACUGCGCCCCCUGAUGGCUGUGUCUAGUAUAAGCUAAAUUCUGACCAUAUACUGUACAUUCAGUUCAAUAAGGCACUUGACUGCAUCAAAGUCCACUCACAGAUUCUCUCCUUCAGUAGCUCUGCUCUUCCUCUGUAUCCAAGUAUAAGCUGAACUGUGUGCAGCCUCCUGGCCCCAGUGUUACUGUACAUGUGUGUGUGUCACAUCAUCAAACACAGACUGGUCCUGACCGGUCCUCUGUCCCUCUGACCACCGCUCACAGCAUCAGCAUUGACACCUUUGUGUCAGAGGUCAAGGGUCAGAGUGUACAUGUGAUACUCGGCCUGUGGAGAUGUGCACAGUUGUGUUUGUGUUAGCUGCCUUUAGCCCGCCCUCUCUCCUCCUGUAUCUCUCCUCAUAUACACUUCAUUUACUCUGGUACUCACCUUUAGUGUUGUUAAUACUAAAGUUCCCAUCUCAGUUUCAAUACCAAUGAAAACGACUUGAAAUUCAAAAUGAAUUCAUUUUCCCCAUUGAUGAUUAAACAAUAAAAUAGUAAAUUUAGGAAGAGUUCACAUAAGUAAACCUUAGUAUUUUCCAUAUUGUUGCCAUGUGGUCUAAUUCUAGUUCUGAUAGAGAACUACCAAAACAAGCAAUUUUAUUCAGGAAAAUAUAUUUUUUACCAGUAUCAUUUUUCAAAGUAGUAUCUGGUAUAAUUUUCCUAAAGUCUCUCCUCCUCUCCUCUCUUCUUCUCACAAAUGUAGCUGCUCCUAGGCCACGUCUGUCUGUCAAACCAUGUUGCGUCCGCUGCUUGCAUGAGUAGGUUUUGUGUUCGUUCCUCCCUAUGUCACAUUGGCAAUUAUGGAGAGAAUCAUAGCUGGCAACUAUUUUAUCAUUUGUAAUAAUUUUUUUUUGUUUUUGAGGUUCAAUUUCAAUAUUUAUAUUUUUGUAAUAUAAAAUGUUUUUUUUUUUUUUUUUUCUGUCAUUCUUGUUGUGAUGCCAGUGGUUAACAAAUGCAGGGAUUAUGAUGUCUAUUGAAAAACACUAUUACAGUUUAUUGUUUUACAUAAUGGAGUUUGAUCUGUAUAAAGUGCUUACUAAUGUUAAAUAGGAGAAAGAGUAUAUAACACUACAUUACAGGUGUCAUCAUAGCUCUUAGAAGAUUGAAGUCCGAUUCAGUGGUUCAGACUCGGUUGGCUUGGAUGUAUGCUGUUUUCAGUUACAAAGAUAAAUGUAUGCCAUAUAAUUUAUUUAUAUGAAAAUUUAUUUUUGUAGUGUACAUAGUAGCGGUCAAGGUAUUUGACAGAAGUAUAUUUUUAAAGAGUUUAUAUGUAAUGCUAUUCCAUAACGUUAAAGGUUAAAGGUUAAAGGUACACACUCUCAUUGCUAAGCUCUUGUGGACAACAUGGACACCUCCGAUCAGUAUUAGCCCACUAGCUGUCACUGUGGGUUUGUCAAGGCUAGCCAUGAAAGUAGACUAUGUACUAGCUCUCUAAAUAUUAAUGUUCAAACACUGAUAGAAUUCUAACAUAAAAAUAUAACUUAUUUGUC